AUGGAUUACAGAAGAAAAAAGCAAGAUUCGGAUUCGUCGGGUAAUGAGGAUGAUAGUCUACCACUUGAUACUCAUGAAAUAGAGGAGGAGGAGGAUCAGGGUCCUGCCGCCAAACGAGCAGCGAACCUUUGGGGAGAUGCUUUGGUGGAGCAGAGUCUUGAGAAGGAAGGAUCUCGUAUCUCCUUAGACAAGAAAAAUGCCGAUGGAAGAGUUGCACGUGGGGUCGAAUCGUAUCAUAUCCCCUCCACCUUCGUUCGCGUCGCUAAGGAGGAUUUCGAAUCGUACAGCAAAUCUGCGGAGAGCAGUGCAAAGGCUCAGAUUGAUGAUGAUCUUUUUGGCGACGCCCCGAUUGAUCUCGACUGCGAAACUGCCUACUGUGAAAGACUUUCGGACAGCAUAAAUCCUUCUCGUAUUCGUGAUACAGUGCGUAGCACGCUCCAUCGAGCAGGUCAAUCUUUUUCUCAUCCAACCACCAGUCGUGGCAGAGGUCCUCGAGGUCGAGCUCGUGGGAGUGUUCAAUACGGUUUUCCUGGAAGAGGACGUGGCAAUGGACUUAAACGCUCAUGGCAAGGAAAAGUCAGCGAUCCUGGACAGCUACUUACCGCUUCAUAUUCUCUUGAGACAUUGAUGGCUGUAGAGUUUGCCUCUGAUAUAUCAGUUGAGCAACUUGGUGACGAGAUAGCAAAGGCAAUGGGUGAACGUGAUCCCAGAACAGUGAAAAGCAUAGUGCACGCUUGUGGUGUGGAGAAGGCAAUAACACUUUUUGAAGAGACGCGGAAGAUUGAAAACGGACAGCGAAGACGCACACCUGGUGGCGUCUUCAUUUCACUGUUCAAAUUGGAUCCAGAUGUCCCUGAGGAUGUGAAGAAGCAAGUUUUCACCGAAACUAAGCGAGAAACACGAAAAAUGUUGCGGGCUCGCAAGAAAGGUCGCAACAACUUUGCAAAUGAUAUAGCAAAGCUAGCAGAAUUGAUGAAGAUGGAGAAGGAAAAGAGCACCGGAAAGGAUGAAAUGGGCGAAGCAUCGUCGCUUAAACCGCUUCCUUCAGUCGAAGAAGUGGCAUUCCAGAAGAAAACUCCAGAAGCGAUGACGGUCGAAUGUGACAUGGAUGAGAUCAUUGACGAAGAGAUGCAGUCGUGA